AAUAGACUAUCGAAUGUAAAUAACGGCGUCCCCUUUAUUUAUUAGUAUGAGAUUUUAACCAUGGAUCUCCCUGAUUUUAACGAAUAUCUUUCAAACUGCAAUCAUGGAAAAAACAUUCACAUCGAAGAGCCGGAAUAUUGUGUUACAAAUCCUGUUACUGCCGUUCAACCGGUAAUUCACCCUGAGUAUUUUAUUAUGGAUGGUGAUGAGAGAGAAGGUACAACGAUAAAAACUCGUAAGGCCAAUAAACAAAAAUUGGCUAAAAGUUUGAGAAAUCAGGGUCUUGAAUACAUAAGUUACAGUACCAAAAAAACAAUUCCUGCUCGAAAAUUAAAAGAACGCUGUGUGUCAGAAACAUGCAAACUCUAUGGAAAAAACUGCUACGAAAUUGACGAGGAAAUGAGACAAAAUAUUUUUGAGCUUUUUUGUGGUAUCCGAGAUUUGCAUUCACAAAGAGAAUUUUUAAUUCGUCAUAUAGAAAAAAGAAAACCAAAGAAAACAAGGGUAUCUGACACGACGAAGUCCCGUAGGCAGCAAACACUGAUUUACAAACUAACAGCUAACAAUAAAGAUGUUGUAGUAUGUAAGAAACUGUUUCUAAAUACAUUAGGAGUAACAGAAAAAAUGUGCCGCACAGCUUUAUCAAAAGUUACCGAAGUUGGUCUUUUAGAGAAAGACUUGCGGGGCGGACGGCAAAGGAAUGAGGAAACUAAAAAUCGUGAAAAACUAAUCAAUAUUGCAAUACAUGAACACAUAGAUCGGUUCCCUAAAGUAGAGUCCCACUACCGCCGUGCAAAAACAAAUAGGAUGUACCUUCACCCUGAUCUAUCACUGCAAAAAAUGUACGCAAUGUACCUAGAAGACUUAGCCGCUAAAGAAAAUACUGUUCUCAAGGCAAGUUUUAGUUUGUACCGAAAAAUUUUUAAACAAAAGAAGUUAUCUUUUUGCUGCCCAAAAAAGAUCGCUUCGCAACAGUUGUAGAGAAGGCGACGAAAACAUAAAGAACAAUUUAAAAGAAGUAUACUGCUCAUUGCCAAGAAAAAACUACAGUCAGGGAAAUUAAAUCAGCAUGCAAACAAAAAUCACAAGAAAAUAAAAGUAUUUUUUGUGGGGGUGUUUGAUUUACAACAGGUAUCUGCCCAUUUCCAAAGAAAGUGCCAUAUUCUACAAAAGUCGAUUAUCAAAUUUUAAUCUCACUUUUUACAAUAUUGCCACAAAAGAAUGUUAUUGCUUCGUAUAGCAUGAGGCUGUAAGUAGGCGUGGAUCAUCAGGAUCUAAAAAGCAUUACACUAUUUGCAGACAGGUGUCAUGGACAAAAUAAGAAUUCGAUAAUCCCCACCAUGUUGAUAUAUUCUUUAACUAUGUUUCCCUCUGUAGAAGAAAUAUCCAUACGAUAUUUCGAAACCAACCAUGGACAAAACAAAGGUGAUGCAGCACACAGUGCCAUAUCUAGUGCUAUUUUAGUGGCAGGAAACGUCUUUAUUCCUGCGCAGUUUCACUGUGUCGGGGAGAGACCCCAAUUGUAAAAAUGCCAGAGUAUCGGGAAUUCUUUAGAUUCUUGCCACAUACAGAAGAAUAAACUUAUCUUUAGUAUUUUAUGAAGUCACAAUGCAAUUUCAUUGUAGGGUGUUUUUAUGCAUACGUUAGUGUACUGUAAAAUUUUGUUUUUUUUUUGUCAAAUGAUUAUUUUUGUUAUAUUAUCAGUUUUUCUUAGCAUAAAUAAAAGUUUCCUUAUUUUAGUUAA